UAGCCGAUCGGAAGCCAGGUCUUCAGUGAGAUACUCAGAAAUGGCUGAACUUGCCCAGCUAAUUGACAGUGAGGUGUUCCUGGCUUAUGCUACCUACACAACCAUUGUCCUUUUAAAAAUGAUGCUAACGAAUGUUAUAACAGCAUACUUCAGAAUUACAAGAAAGGUCUUUAGUAACUCAGAAGAUACAGCAACGUUUGGCAAAGGUGAGAAUGCGAAGAAGUUCCUGUGGACUGACUCAGCCUUUGAAUGUGUGUGCAGAGGCCACCUGAACGACCUUGAAAUCAUUGUCCCAUAUAUUAGCACUGGUCUGCUCUAUGCUCUGAGUGGCCCUGCUCUGUCCACAGCCUUGCUGCACUUCAGGAUCUUCGUUGGGGAUAGAAUCUUUCACACUAUCACGUAUUUGACACCUCUCCCCCAGCCCAGCAGAGUCUUGUUUUGGGCAGCUGGGUAUGCAGUUACCAUCUCAAUGGCAUACAGGCUGCUGACAACUGGAUUGUACCUGUAACUAGAACACAGCCUCAUCACCCCCUC